CAUUUAUGUCAUUCCGAAUCCAGGACUGUCUAACGGUAAUGGCAGCAUUGAAAUUAUAGCCAAUUCAAUGGGCAAUAGAGUUAUAAAACCGCCCUGUUUCUCUCCCUCUUCUGUUUCGAUGUCGGAGAUUUCAACGGAAAAGGGUAGGAGAGGAGAGGAGAGGAGAGGAGAAGAGCGAAAGGAGAAAGGAGGGGAAGAAAUUUUUGGGAAGAGGGUGUAGAAAUGGCAAGGGAUAUGAGCAGAAAAUGCUCUCACUGCGGCAACAAUGGUCACAACACGAGAACAUGCAAUGAGAAGGGGUUGAAGCUGUUUGGGGUGAGGAUUCUGAGGGAAGGAGAAGAAGAGGAGCUGAUGAGGAAGAGUUCGAGUAUGGGGAAUCUGGCGUUGUGCGGAUCUGCCGAGCAGAGCGGCGUCGGCGAUCACGGGUACUUGUCAGACGGGCCCGUCCAUGCGUCGAGAGGAAGAGGGCGUGAGAGGAAGAGAGGAGUCCCAUGGACAGAGGAAGAACACAGGACGUUCCUAGCCGGACUCGAAAUGCUUGGGAAGGGGGACUGGAGAGGAAUUUCAAAGAGUUUUGUGACGACUAGGACUCCGACGCAAGUAGCCAGCCAUGCCCAGAAGUAUUUUCUUAGAAAGACUACCCCAAAUAAUAAGAAGCGCAGGUCUAGCCUCUUUGAUGUGCGAUUUAACAACGCUGCUUCAACCUCUGAAAAUGCACCUACUUCGUCCUCAAUGAGAGGCCACGGAGUUCCAGAAGGGAUUGAUCAUCUCCACCAUGAUAAUAAAUAUCCGGUGGAGACCUCAGCUGACAUUAUGGCCCAACCCCCAGGUUGGUGGUCAGAUGCCUCGUCGAUGCUACUGCCGAUAUUAACUUGUGGUAAGCAUCCAGAUAUCCCUGGCAUCAAUGACAAGGGCGGGAUUUCUGGUGCUGUAAAGAACCAGUCAUUAGUCAAAACUUCUCAAAUCACCCCCACCUUAUCCCUCACCGGUUCUCGUGAUCUCCCCAAUCGGACGGAUCUAGAUGUUCAUGAAAUCCACAGCGGCCCAAGCACUCUCAGGCCCCAUCUACCCCAGUUAUCCUUCAAUCCGUCUCCCCAAUCAGAACUGCAUUACCCAUCUCAUGAAAAUUCCAAAUGCACAUCGACAGAUAACAGCGAUUUGGAGCUCACCAUUUCGCCGCCCAAACCUCUUAAUCCAACCAAACUGUCAUCUGGGACCUCCAAUUUAGUGGGCCCCAUAAGAGUGAUCUGAUAUGCCUAGUUAAUACAAUUUUUCUACCUUGAGAAACAUUUUCAAGAAUAAAGGAGAAUAAAAGAAAUGGUAUGGUUUGGUUUUGGAGAUGGUCUCAAAAACAAGUCAGGGUUCUUUUUUCCAUUGUGGUACCAAUGAAUGGCCAUAUUAGCACACGCUCAUCUCUGUACAUGUGGCACCCAUGUACAAGAUCUGUAUCAUUCAUUUGCUGGGUCUUACCAUGGAUCGAUUGGAGGAUUUUUAAGCAUUCAGUUUCAACCUCUGGUUGGAGUUUCUCAGGACCAUGCAUUCAUAAUCUUCAAAAGACCUCCAAUCUGUGUCCAGGAUCAUCAUGGGGCAUGUACCAUACAUAGUGGGACCCAGAAGAUGAGCAGUGCAGAUCUCAUAUAUGUGUGCCUCAGAUGAGCAGUAGACAACUAACUUUCACAAAACAGUAGAUUUUUCACGGAGAAAAAGACCAGGUGGUAUGUUGGUUGGCUGUGACGGUAUAGGAUUUUCAAAUUUUGGUGGACCUCUCUCUAAACGGUUAGAUGGGGUUGGCUGGCAAGCAAUUCGUACGAUCAUGAAUAGCUUGGGUGUAAUGGAUUUCCUGCGUUUUCGAAUAGAAAAACCUUACGACAGGCCCGCUAGGCCUUGUAGGAUUGAGACGUACCACUGCGAGCGCCGAUUUGGUGAGGCUGGGGUAACAGCUGAGUGGGUGAGGCCCUGACCAUGGGACCCAUAUCGACUCAUGUAUUGUAUAUCCACGCCGUCCAUCCGUUCUUCCAGGUCAUUUUAAAUCUUGGUCCCGAAAAUGAGGCAGAUCCAAAUCUCAGGUGAACCACACGGUAGGGAUUGAAUUUGGGCCAUUAAAAACUUCUUGGUGGCACAAAAGUUUUGGAUCAUGCUUCUAUUUGUGUUUUCCCUCCAUCCAGGUCUGUGUGACCUUAUCGGCAGGUUGGAUGGCAAAUAAACACCACUGUGGGCCCAAGGAAGUUUUUAAUGGUUGGCGUUCAAUAACCACUGUUUUCCUGUGGUCUGGUCCACCUGAGAUUUGGAUCUACCUCAUUUUUGAGACCAUCGACUGAAAUGGGCUGGCAAAAGGCAUGGAUAUACAACACAUACAUUGAAGUGUGGACCCACGGUCAGGGCCCCACCCACCAAGUGUUACCCCUGGCCCACCUAAUCUGCUCCUCCGUUGCACGAAAAGGAAAUAAAAGAAAAUCGAUGCAGCACCAUCAUGUGGGCCACUUGGUCAGCAGGCCUGCCUAAUCGUUUGAGGCCGACCAUGUUCACGGCCUGGCCCACCUGAUGAAUGCCCCCCAUCUGCCUACGUGGAAAACCUGCAUGAGAAAUCUGUUUUUCAUGCAACCUUGGGCCCAGCUUGUUUCCAGUUCACUUUCAACCAUAUCUGGGCUUGGAUCGAGUUCGGGGCUUAGGUUGAGUUGUCAGGACUGGACUCUAGUUAAAAGGUGUGAUAGAUUGGCCCAAUUCAAACUGACUUGUUUAAGAUACGAGGCCGAAUAAUGUAAAGUGGGGCCCACUUCUGCUUGUUUCCUUUACAAGAUGAUCUGGGCUGGGCCUGGCCAGGCAUCCUUCUCUCAUAUGUCGGACUCUGACUUGCUUCAGCCCAGCCCAGUUGCAUCCAUGCUCUUCUUUUUGUUAAAGUGAACUAUACGGCUGAGAUUAUCCUUACCUAAUCAUCCUUGGUCAUUGGAUUUGCAUAACUAUGAUUUUAAGUAAACGCCAGUGAACAACAACGAUACAAUGACUUCCUGAAACUGCAUUUGGAUGAAUCAUGAAAAUUGGGACGGUCGAAUUUCUUUGUGGGCCCACCAUUUUGAAAUCAGGACGGGCCCCUGCUUCUCAAGAAGGUUGCAUGUGAUGGGUUAGCCCCACCAUGCUCAUCUAAUGAAGCCCUAUGGAUUGGUAUGGACCUACUUUUGAGCAGUGUAAUUACAAUAAACAGUUGUAAAGUUAUGGCCUUGUAAAGCUAUAAUGCAUGUUAUGUUUCUUCUUUUUUCCCAUCUCGAGCCAUACAGUCUUAUUCUUUCUGUUUUGGCCUUCGUAUAAUCAUCCUUAAACUUGUCUUACAUCCCAUAGCUUUAAUUUGAAAGAUAGUCCAACGGGUUACGCCCACCG